AUGUCUGACGAAGAUUCCCUCCUCACAAACCUCUGCGCAAUCUGCCACAUUCAACCUCCCAAAUACCGCUGUCCCCGCUGCUCAACCCGAACCUGCUCCCUCCCCUGCACCCGCCGCCACAAGCUCUGGUCGCAGUGCUCCGGCAUCCGCGACACAGCCGCAUACCUACGACGCACCGAGCUAGCCACCGAAUCCGCCUUCGACCGGGACUUCAAUUUCAUAACGGGCAUUGAGCGGCGGUUAGAGCGGGCGGGCCGCGAUGCGGAGAAUAGGGGCGUCGCUGUUGAUGGGAAGACUGGCGUGAAAGAUCCUGGGGUUGUGGGGUUGGACGACCAGACUGAACAGGAGACUGGGGCGAAGAGGAAGCGCGGAGGUCCUGCUGCUCAAAAUGGAAAUGGGCUUGAGAGGGGCCUUGCGAAGGGAGAGGCCGGGUUUCUGAAGAGGGCGGCGGAUGCUGGGGUUAAAGUCAUCAAGGCGCCGAGGGGGAUGAGUCGCGCGAAGGCGAAUGGGUCGAGGUGGCAUCCGAAGCAGAAAUGUUUACAUUGGACGAUCGAGUGGGUGACUGACAACGGAACGAAGAGGAUGAAUUGCGCGGAGACAGCGACUAUCGGCGAGGGCUAUGAUCGAGCCUUUCCGUUGACCAGGGAAGAAAGGCAGUUACGCGCUCAGGAGUUGGACGCUACAAAGGAGACCGAGGCCGAGGCAAAUAAAGACUCAGAUUCUACUCAAGUACAGCUACAACAACAACUCGAGUCCACCAUACCAGCCCCGGAGUCUGAGACGGUUCCGCAGUCAACAACAACAACAACAGACUCGUCUCUCCCUCCAAACAACCAUCCAACGGGACCGUCACCCGCUCAAGACGAAACCGAACCGGUCUCACAGCAGACACCGACACCACCAUCAACGCAGAAUAACCCCGUUACGUCGCAUCGGAACGUCUACUUCUACAUCCACCGCCCCCGCACCGCAACAAAACAACCCGUCCUCGCCGCCCUCUCCCCAUCAACAUCUCUCACAGCCGCACUAAAAGACCGCGUCGUCCUCGAGUUCCCUACAAUUUACAUUCUACGCAGCCCACUGAGCCUCGAAUCAAGUACUGAGACAGAAGAGUCCAACGCAAAAUACAUCCUAGAAGCCGAGUACCUACGAACGCACCCCGAUGAAAAUGCAACCGCGCAAACCGGCAAUGUGGGUGAUGAGGAGGGAUCAGAAGAUACAGAUCCGCCGCUCUACGGCGCGGGCGCGGUGGAUAUACCGGACGUGGACGAGGGAAAGAUGUUGGAGGUUCUAGAGAAGGAUUUAUUGAGCAGGUCGGCAGGGGCGUUAUAG